AUAUCCACGGUUGGGGACAGCCGGGCGCGCGAACUGUCAUGGCGGCGGCCGAAACGGGACUAGAGGGUGUCGGUGCCACUGCCGCCCCGAGGCCGGACGCUGGGACGCAGCGGGGAGAGCUCUUGCCACUUCUAGGGACGGCUCUGAGGCCGGGGGAGGCCUGGUUCCUGAUUGACAGCCGGUGGUUCAAGCAGUGGAAGAAAUAUGUGGGCUUUGAUAGUUGGGACCUGUACCACGUUGGAGAGCCUAAUCUCUUCCCGGGACCGAUUGAUAAUUCUGGGCUUUUCGCAGAUUCAGAAGCGCAAACCUUGAAAGAGCACCUAAUUGAUGAGUUGGACUAUGUGUUGGUUCCUACUGAAGCUUGGAAUAAAUUAAUAAACUGGUAUGGCUGUAUCGAGGGACAACAGCCAAUUGUCAGAAAAGUUGUGGAGUAUGGUCUGUUUGUGAAGCACUGCAAAGUAGAGGUUUAUCUUCUGGAGCUGAAACUGUGUCAGAACAGUGACCCUGCUAAUCUUGUGAGCUCUUAUUUCAGCAAAGCAGACACUGUUGCUGCCAUUGAAAAAGAAAUGAGAAAGCUGUUUAAUAUCCCAGCUGACAAGGAGAUUAGGCUAUGGAGCAGAUAUAUGAGUAAUACUUAUGAGCAGCUAAGCAAACUUGACAGCACUAUACAAGAUGCGGGACUCUAUCAGGGACAGGUAGUGUUAAUAGAAGUGAAGAAUGAAGAUGGUACAUGGCCCAGGCAGUCUUCUCUGGCAAAAUCUAGCACUGCAACUAGAAGUCUAACUACCUCUUCAAAAUCACCAGCAAGCUCUUGCUCCUCAGUAGUUGCCUCUUCAACCAUUACAAAUGGUGAUAGCAAUAACUCUUAUGGGUUGAACUGUUCCAGCCUUGGCAAAGGAGGCUCUAGCUUUUCUUGCAACUCCUUCAACAACCGGGAGAGCCCUCCUCAGACACAACCUGGUCUUUGUGGGCUCAGUAACCUUGGAAAUACAUGUUUCAUGAACUCUGCAUUACAGUGUUUGAGUAAUACCCCUCCACUGACUGACUAUUUCCUGGAAGAUAAAUAUGAAGCUGAAAUAAAUCAGGACAAUCCUCUUGGAAUGAGAGGAGAAAUUGCAGAAGCUUAUGCAGAGCUCAUCAAACAGAUGUGGUCCGGCAGGCACUCUCAUGUGGCUCCCCGCAUGUUCAAAACCCAGGUGGGCCGAUUUGCACCUCAGUUUUCGGGAUAUCAGCAACAAGAUUCCCAAGAACUUCUGGCUUUUCUUCUAGAUGGUUUACAUGAAGAUUUAAACAGAGUAAAGAAGAAACCUUAUUUGGAGUUGAAAGAUGCUAAUGGCAGGCCUGAUGUGGUGGUGGCAAAAGAAGCAUGGGAGAACCAUCAACUGCGUAAUGACUCGAUUAUCGUCGAUAUUUUUCAUGGUCUUUUCAAAUCCACAUUGGUUUGCCCAAAGUGUUCUAAAGUUUCUGUGACUUUUGAUCCCUUUUGCUAUUUAACCCUUCCAUUGCCCUUGAAGAAAGAUCGACCCAUGGAUGUAUUCUUAGUCUUUGCAGAUCCGCAGCGCAGACCUACCCAAUAUCGGGUAGUUGUGCCAAUGAUGGGGGCUGUGUCUGACCUGUGUGAUGCACUCUCAAAACUUUCCGGCAUCCCUGCAGAAAAUAUGAUGGUGACAGAUGUUUAUAAUCACAGAUUCCACAAAAUUUUCCAGAUGGAUGAAGGCUUAAGUCAUAUUAUGCCUAAAGACAACAUCUUUGUGUACGACGUUUGCAAACCAAAGGAGGACAGUGCUGAAUGCGUUACUCUUUCAGUUUACUUCAGAGAGAAGAAAGCCAGACAAUCUAACGCAACUCCAGGAACUAUUCUGUAUGGCCAGCCACUACUCCUGUCUAUACCCAAGCAGAAGCUCACCCUCGAUUAUUUGUAUAGUGUUAUUUUGGAGCGGAUUAGCCGGUAUGUAAAGCUUUCUUUGGUGGAAGAAUUUUCGGAUGUAUCUGCAAACCAUGAAACUUGUAAUGGUGCCAGUGGUGUUUCUGAAGGUGAAAUUGAAGAGAUGGAACAUCAAAAUGGAGAGGAAGAAAACAGGGAGAAAGUGUUGGAAACUGAUGCCUGCCAGUCAGAAGACUGCAUUCAGGAUGAGAUGGGAAAGGAAGACCUGCAACACAGGAAGCGUCUCUUCAGCUUCAGUCUUGUGAAUUCUUAUGGGACAUCAGAAAUAAAUUCCCUUACUACAGAGGGGAAAGUCCUCAAGUUGAGUUCCCAUGCCACUCUUGCUAUUGACUGGGAUUCUGGGACUCGCAAGUUGCUUUUUGAUGAACAGGAAGCACAGGCGUUUGAAAAACACAGCAGUAUGUUCCAGCCACAGAAGAAGAAAACUACUGUAGCUCUUAGAGACUGCAUUGAACUCUUCACUACAAUGGAAACACUUGGUGAACAUGAUCCCUGGUAUUGUCCUAAUUGCAAGAAGCAUCAGCAAGCCACCAAGAAGUUUGACCUUUGGUCACUUCCACGUAUUUUGGUGGUACAUUUAAAACGUUUCUCAUACAACAGAUACUGGAGAGAUAAACUCGACACUGUGGUUGACUUCCCCAUCAGGGAUUUGAACAUGUCUGAGUUUGUUUGUGACCCAGCAGCAAGCCCAUACAUUUAUGACCUCAUUGCUGUUUCUAAUCACUAUGGAGGCAUGGGUGUGGGACAUUAUACUGCAUAUGCAAAGAAUCAAUUAAAUGGCAAAUGGUACUACUUUGAUGACAGCAGUGUGUCUCCAGCAUCUGAAGAGCAAAUAGUAACAAAAGCAGCAUAUGUACUAUUCUACCAGCGGAGAGAUGGCGAGGCCAAGAGAGAUCCAUCUCCUUGCACAAGUGUUGAGCUGACACCUGAAGAGUGUGAUGGCAUGGAUACUAACUGAGCCUACCUGGCAGUGUUUGAAGCAAUCAUAUUGCUCAUUUGAAAAUGCAACUGAAGCAUCUGAGAACUGCUCCAUGUGUACAACUCAAAAUGGAAAGUCCAGUAUAGGAGUGCUCAGUGAGCAGUGACAAUAGCAUAGGGGAAGCAAUAAAAUUACAACUCUGAUUACAUUAUAAUUUAAAAGCUCUUGAAAUAAAUUUUACCUUCACCCUUCAAUAAAGUGUUACUGCAAGCCAAAACUGUAUGGAACCAGAUGUUAUGCUGUGUGGCUGGAACCGUGCAUGUUAAGGAACAGGUGCCUAAGCCACAUGGCAAGAAGACAUUCAAAACCUUGGCUGUAAAUAUACUUCAGCUGAGGAACCAUGUGUAUUGUGAAAGAUGCAUGGGCUGUGUGGUAUCAGGAGCACUGCAGAAGUGCCUGCUGAUAUUUUAGGCCCAUUUUCUCAACCCAUCUGGGAUACUAGAGUGCUGCUAAAACAGUUCUUGUAAAUACUGUUGUGGCUACAUUUAAUUCCCAAGAUCUGCUCACACCAAUCCUAUGGGUGUCUUGAACAUUCUUUAGCAGCCCAACCAAAUCUUUCUUAGUUGUGUUUAAAUGGUAAUUACCAUACUGCAGUGUGAAGGUUUUAUUCUGUUUCUUUCUCCUUGGGACUCACUAGGGAACUGAAACAUUUUAUCACAGGAAUUUUAGGGGAAUGAUCGCCAACUCUCUUCAUGCAAAGAUUUUUUUCAGCAACACCACUUAAGCUUUAAGGCCCUAUGUAUCAUCAAGUCUACACAGGAAUAGAUGUUCAGUGAUUUGUCUCCCAUUCUAGUAACAAGAGACUUGGGAGUAUCCAUGCGGCUGCCCCCUUCCAAUCCAUUAAGACACGUUUCCUUGUACAGAGAUGGCAGGAACUGUUCCUGGUCUCCUCAUUGCCAUUUGCCUCUUCUUUUCUAAGCCCCUGUGUAUUUGGAUAGACACUGCAAUUAUACCUCUCCAAAUAGUUUAUAAAACAAGAGCUUUGAAGGAGAAUGAACAUUUGUAGUUACUCUGCAGAAGCACACUUACAAAUAACUAUGGUACACUUGCCAUUUGAAGCCAGUCUCAGCAUCUCUGCAGGGAUGGUGUUACAUUUUAUGCUCUAAACCCUUUCCCAGCAUUAGAUUACCCUUCAACAGACUGGGAAAUGCUCUGUAUCCCAAACUGGUUCUAGACAAAUUCUACCAAUUACAUAGCCAGCCCACUUGCCAUUUUAGCAGAACUGAGUGCCCGUUCACUGUAGUUUUUUUUAGCAGAGUCCUCCUUAUUGCCUGCUACAUUCUGCUUACUGACAAUCCUCCCUUGAUUACUAUAUAGGUCUGCAGAAUGGUCCUUAUAAAACACUGAGAUUUGAGUUGUUUGGUUCAGUUACUGAUGCUUCUGGGUUUUAAUGUUGGUUUGAGGUUUUACCUUGACUGGAUAUUUUCCCCCUGCAAUCUACAGAUGGGGUUGGGUGGGUUUGGAAUUAUUUAAAGGCUAAGUUCAAUUGUAGCACUGCACUGUGUUUCCCCUGUUUGUUUUUUCCUGUUUUUCUGGGGUUAUGUAUUCUUUUGGAAUGUAACUUUUUGAGAGAUAAGGAAACAUAUUUAAAAGUAAGGAGCAAUUUAAUGUAAACUCUAUAUCUCUGCUCCAUACUGAACCAGGAACCUUUUUUUCCUGUUCUUAGUAUGGUUGGAUUGAGCACAUGUUUGUGGGCUCCUGAGAAUCUUCUAAAUGCUGUAAAGAUGGUGUUAGGAACCGGGCUUUGACUCUGACCAGGCGGGAUCCUAGCUGGUGUGUACAUUCUGUAUAGUGUCAAAACCUGUUUUUAGACUAGCACUUUGUAAGUGGCUGGCUUUACUGUAUAAAGAAAAAAAUAAAAAAGGAGUGGAUUGCACUGGCGUGGACUGCUAUUUCUGCUUGUUCUUCCUGAAAGAUUUGUCCCCCUCAAACAUGCUCACCAAGCUGUUAAACGUAGCCUUAUUACAACAACUUUAUUUCUGCAGAGGAGGCUGGUGGCCUGUAAUCUUUAUGGAAUUAAGAAAGCAAGGGUAAUCCAUGGUGCCAGUUUGGUGUAGUGGUUAAGUGCAC